AGCGCGUGCCAUAUUAUUAUGUCUAAAAGCUCAACAUCCUGCCUACUGCUACAAAUUUUAAUAAUGUGCUGUCUAUAUGGAGGAAACACAGCGGCUGAUGACAAUAAUGCCUUCACACUAGUUUUUGGCAGCGAGUCAACACUGCAAAACGUGGAGAAAGAAGUCAGCGAUGCAAAAGGAACAUUGACAGAUGUCGUCAACAGUUCAAGCCAGCUACUCGAGGAUUAUGACGCUUUGGUCGAAGAUAUUGAAAAACUAGAAACUGCGCUGGGCAAGCAAAAUGACAUUGUGUCGAAGAAACUGGGAACAUUUAUUGAGGAAAAUAUUGCAAUACAGAGCACGGAGCUGCUGCAAGAGCUGACGGCUGAUCAAAAAUGGCUGCAAGAGAUGAUAAGCGCGCAGCAGAGGUCGUUGAUUGCAGAGUUGCAAACGAGCGAAGGUAAAUUGCUUGCUGAAAUCAAACAAAAUACAACACCCAACGAAGUGUGGACUCAUUAAUGGUUAUAAUUUUUGGCAAGUAAGCUGCAAAUGAACACUGCGAAACGGUUAAAAUUUCCUUUUAGUUGUUUAGUCAAGUAAUAAAAUAA